AUUUCCACUCGUCCUGUCGCCCUUUUAGGUCGCGUUGGAUUUCAGAAAAUCUAUCGGUCUUUUUUUUUUUUUUUUUUUUAACCCCAAAGCAAGACUUAUAUGAAUGGCAAGUCGUUCAGUUUCGAAUAAUUGGAUCUGUUAGCUUGUAGCUAGCUAGCUAGCUAGCUAGCGAACGAGCGCUACAGCUAAAAUAGCUCGAAAUUCAUCGCAGAUGUGGUAUUGCUGUCUUUUCUGUUACAGGAAUGCCCAAGGAAAAAUAUGACCCGCCGGAUCCCAGGCGGAUGUACACAAUAAUGCCCAGCGAAGAGGCAGCCAAUGGGAAGAAGUCAUAUUGGGCUGAGCUGGAAAUUAGUGGUCGAGUAAGAAGUCUCAGCACUGCCCUUUGGUCUCUCACCCACCUCACUGCCCUGCACCUCAGUGACAAUUCGUUGUCACGCUUACCGCCAGACAUUGCCAAACUUCACAAUUUGGUGUACCUGGAUCUUUCAUCCAACAAGAUCAGGAGCCUGCCGGCAGAGCUCGGCAACAUGGUGUCUCUCAGGGAACUGCUUUUAAAUAACAACCAGUUGCGGGUUCUGCCGUUUGAAUUGGGAAAACUGUUUCAGUUACAAACACUGGGGUUAAAAGGAAACCCACUUGCACAAGAAAUUAUGAGCCUGUACCAGGAACCGGAUGGCACGAGAAGACUGCUCAACUACUUGUUAGACAAUCUGGCUGGGGCCAUCAAGCGCAUACCAACAGAGCAGCCCCCGGCACGAUCAUGGAUUUCUCUCCAAGAACCAGACCGAGCACGGCCAUCAGCACUGUUCUCUGUCAUGUGCUACAAUGUGUUGUGUGAUAAGUACGCCACAAGGCAGCUGUACGGCUACUGCCCCUCUUGGGCUCUAAACUGGGAGUACAGGAAAAAGUCCAUCAUGCAGGAGAUUAUGGGUUGCAAUGCGGACAUCAUCAGUUUGCAGGAAGUGGAGACAGAGCAGUACUACAAUUAUUUCUUCCCUGAGCUGAAGGAACAGGGUUAUGAUGGCUUCUUCAGUCCAAAGUCACGAGCUAGGACCAUGUCAGAGUCGGACCGCAAACAUGUGGAUGGCUGUGCAAUUUUCUACAAGACAGAAAAGUUUAGUGCAGUACAGAAACACACAGUGGAGUUUAACCAGUUGGCAAUGGCUAACUCAGAGGGCUCAGAAGCCAUGUUGAACCGUGUGAUGACGAAGGACAACAUCGGGGUUGCUGUAUUGCUCGAAGUCCGCAAAGAGAUGAUGGAAGUCUCCUCUGGAAAGUCACUGCACGGCAUGGAGAAGCAACUGCUGUUGGUAGCCAACGCCCACAUGCACUGGGACCCGGAAUACUCUGAUGUUAAGCUGGUUCAGACCAUGAUGUUCCUUUCGGAAGUGAAGAACAUUGUGGACAAGGCAACGCGCAGCCUCAAGUUGUCUUCGGUCUCUGGUGAAACUAAUGGGAUUCCACUGGUGCUCUGCGCUGACCUCAACUCUUUGCCUGACUCUGGAGUGGUGGAGUACUUAAGUACGGGUGGAGUGGACUGCACCCACAAGGACUUCAAGGAGCUUCGCUACAGUGACAGUCUGACCAAAUUCAACUGCAAUGGCAAGAACAGCACGUCCAAUGGCAGGAUCACCCACGGCUUCAAGCUGAAAAGCGCUUACGAGAACGGCCUGAUGCCUUACACCAACUACACAUUUGACUUCAAGGGUGUCAUCGACUACAUUUUCUAUUCCAAGCCUCACCUGAACGUCCUGGGCAUCCUGGGUCCCCUGGAUCCUCACUGGCUGGUAGAGAACAAUGUCAGCGGCUGCCCGCACCCCCACAUCCCCUCUGACCACUUCAGUCUUUUCACCCAGUUGGAGUUGCUCUUGCCCAACAUACCCCCCCAGGUCAAUGGCCUCCAUUUGCCUGCACGCAGGUAGUGAGUCCCUGCCACUCCACCAGAGGGGAGGGGAGGGGGGCUCUCUGCCUUCCCACGACCAGCUCUUCCCUCUGCCACCCCCAGAGGAGAGAGGCAAAAAAGAAAAAAAAAACACAACCUGUAAAAUAUUCAUACAGUGAGGUCUGGCCAACAGGGAUUUCGUAUGAUAGAUAUUCUAUAUUUUUCUUUUUCCUCUUUUUUUUAACUGCUCAAUUCAGUCCAAUUUAUUUUGUCUUCUGGACUCCCUUUCCCCACCCAUUUGUACACAUUCUUUUCUCUCGCUACACAGGAUGGUAGCUCAUCCCGCGUUUUUCGACGCGAGAGGGAGGGCCGCUUUUAGCGGAGAAACUUCCGAGCCGGUGUGUGUGUGUGUGUGUUUGUGUGUGUGUGUCUGUAGGUCGGUCUGUUUGUCUGUCUGUCCUUUAUAAACCUGAAACCAGCAAAGACGGCAGACGUGUCACUCUUUACACCUUCAUUGUGCGGGAAAGAGAGCUGGUUGUCGGGAUUGGAGACAGAUUCUUUUCCCCGCUGUCGUUUUGUGGUGCUCGGGGCCCUGCGGAGUGCUCAUGGCCUCCUGUGGUGCUACACCUGACCCCCUAACCCGGCCUGGCCCUGGUGCAAUAGCUCCCACACUUCACACAGCAUGGAGGGAGGCUUUGAGAAACCGCUACCAACCUAAAUUUUAGACUGUUUUUUGGUGGUGGUGUUAGUUAAGUCUUGCGCUGUACAGCGCACUCAACCUGCACUUCAUUUAGGGUUCAGGGCAUUUGGGGGGGUUUAGUCUUAUUGCUUCUAGUCAGCAAGCAAGAAAGCAAGUCAUGGGUGGUACGACCAGCAUUCCUUCCACUGUCCAGCUCAACACGCACGCGCGCACACACACACCACACACAAGCACACACGCGCACACACACGCACACAGACCUGUAGCACUGUCUCGACGGCCAGUAGUGAUCUUCCUGCUUCUUAAGUCCCACACACACAACACACACCCACCCACAUGACAGACAUCAGUGUUUUUGUUAAGGUUUUGUUUCCCACAAGUGUUUGUACAGAAUCAAAAACGUAGACUCAGUCUUUACAUGAUUGUAUAUGAACCACAGAAGACUCGUUUUCUGGUGUUUUUUUGUACCAAGAAUGAAUUCUGAUCCCAUUUGUGAGAAGAUUGUAUGUAAACUAUGGCUAAAUUUUUAUCCCGUUGAUGUUGCGAUGAAAUUGAUGACCAGCUUGUACAAACGACGUAAGCAGAAGAAGAGGUUGUUCAUGGCGUUUGUCACGACUUUGCACUCCUUUUCGAGAUGAACCAUCACAGUGUAUUUUUUUUUUGUUUUUUACAGCCCGACAACACAAUUGAUUUCUGCACUAUUUGGUUUGUUUGCGGCAAUUGUACAUAAGACGCUCAGUCAACUUUGCCAUCCAUCAUUCCCACCAGCUCACCUCCCAUCAACAAACAGGCAUCUAAAUGUGGCAUAUGACUGACACCCAAGAAAAGAAUCCCACGUCCGAGCAAACAUCGUGCCUCAUUGUAGCAGUCGUUGUCUUGCACUACUAAACAUUCGACAAAUGCCUGAACAACCUUUUCUGCUUUUAUUUUUAAAUACUGAGAUGUUUGUGAAGAGUUUGUCCUUUUUGUGUUUUGUUAAAACUUGGUUGUCCUUUUAUUUUAUUUUUUUUUUUACGAGCCCUGACAAUGUUAAAAAUGUUUUUUUUUUUUUUUUUUGCGCUCCCCCCAGUAAUCAUGUGUAUGUGUGACUCCCCCUACUUAAGAUCAGAGUUGUCUUUUAUGAACUCAUCUUUGUACAUUAGCAUAGCUGUGCUGCUUUUCUUUCACGGUGAGAUCACCUCCAACUUUUAAAGAAUAGCCACCCAAAUUUGCCCCUCACCCAGAGGACCACCCCCCCAACCUUUAUUUCGUCAGUGUCAUUUUAAAUCCCUUUUGAGCAACCACUUUAUAUCAUUGUCAAACACACGUCGCUGCAGCUACUGUGCCAUCCGUAGACCCUCCCCACCUCCCCCCGAUCCCAGUUCUCCUUUGGUUCCUCCCUUCUGCAAAAUGUCGGCAGCAAUGCCUGACCUGGCUUUUAAUGGCACGGGAAAACGAGCACUUAGUAGACCCUAACCCCCCUGCCUGACUCAUCCGAAUCAUUAACCCCUCACCACUUGUUUUAAAGUCAGGGAAGCAAAAAAAAAUAGGAAGUAUGAAGUUAGUCUUCAGAGGUCUUUCCUGUCCAGUUUGUUUACCUCCUUUAUGUUUUUAACCGAAAAACCAACAGUGUCCACUUCUUUCCCUUUCCUUCUCCUGAAUGGCAUUAGUAUUGUAGUAGAUUAAAAGGCUAGCUUUUUUUGUAAAGUGUGAAUAAAAGAUGUAUCUCAUGUUUCCUUUCUAAGAUGAUAUUGAAUUGUGUUGAUGUAUAAAUAAUUGAAUUCUUCAAUGAUAUUGUUUGCUACUUUUUAGUACUUUCCCAUUGUACGCGCUUACCCUGCCACAUACCAAAUCCUUUCUAGAUGAUGUGUAGAGGAGUUGAAUGUUCCGGAAUGAAGUUUUUGGAAUCAGGAAGGGCAUAUGUUUUGGUGUUAUGGACUCAACCCCCUCCCCUUUUUUCAUUUUUUUUUUUUUUUUUUGGUUUUGUUUUAAUUCGUGGUUAUUGUAACUUUUCAGCUUUAUUGCGGAUAUUUUGACUGGCACUAGCUGGAGAGUGCUAGUGCCUGAAGGUGAGGGCAGCAGAGCUGACCUCCUCGUGGCCGCCGAGCUUUUGAUGUACCGGUGAUCGCCGGACUGACUGCUCUUGUGAUCGUUUUUCUUUCUUUCUUACCCCCUCCCGAACCCCCUUUGAAUAUCCCAUUGCUUGAUUUUAUUUAAUUUAACACGCUUCCCUUGUGAAAUGCAGACUGCUGCCUCCAAGGUUGUGCUUUUUUUCCCCCCGUUGUGUUCCUUUCUGCCGAGAGUGAUUUAGUAUCCCCAAGCUGCAUCUUUUCUUGUUACGGUGCACACCAAAGCUUCUCAUAGUUACAGAUCAUAUUUCUCAUCCAAAUGACAUGAAAUGUAGGGCUGCAAGGAAUGUUUUCCUUGAAUCGACUCAAUUAGACUUUCACUUAAUUAAUUGCAUCCUUUCAGAAAAAAAUGGCAAUAAUACUCUCAACAUUCUGACUUUUUUUUUUUUUUUUUUGGGCGGGGGGCGUUUAAUGCGGAGACUAAUGUAGCUUCUCACGUCUUUUAACACUGCGCUCACUGUAGUUAGCUGAUGCAUUGAUUUCACUUGUAUAUUUGCUCAUCUCCUCCCCUUCUGCUGACCUCGUGCUAGUUGUUCAAUGAUCAGGAUUGUCUAUCUGUAGUCAGCUGAGUACAUUUUAUUGAUCUGUCACUGUGUUUAUGCACUGGACCAACUAUUGUUUACCAUUCAUUAAAUACCAGCAAAGGAAAAAAAAAAAGAAAUUAAUAACUGAUGACAAAACACUUGCACAAUGUUGUAGAAUGUCCAUUAACCCAGACAAGAAAUCAAGGCAGCUCUUUUCAAAUCAACGUAUAUUGUUUGAAAAAAGGAACUGAAUGGUAAACAAUGUUUUCUGUUGUACACUUAGCCGUCCUCUCAAUUCUCUUUGGACUAGUUUUGUACUUCCCCCUGCCCCCCUCUUGACUACAGGUUCUGCUUGUUUCCUUUUCACCUAUCUAUGUAUUUUCCUACUUCUUGUUCAGAAUAAAUUCUAUAUUGUCUGUUUCAAGCUGUGUCACCUUUUAUUCUUUGCAAGGAAUAUUGGAAAUAAAUUCUAUAUC